AUGAGGGACAAAAUAAAAGAGAAUUUCCCCGAAUUGGCAGAAGUUGACUUCAAAAGGUAAGCUCCAUCUGUAGAAACAAUUAUGAUUGUGCCGCGAAACGGAACAUUCUCGCCUCUAAAAUUACGUAACAAAGCCGUAAGCAGAUGCGCCUCCCCCGGAAAAAUACUGCUCGUCCAGGCAACGUUUGAUUAAAGCAAAUCUUAAGCAAUAAUUUUGAAGUUGUAGAAUGACUAAAGGCACUGUCGUGCGUAAUAACUUUUUGGGCUGACCAAAGAAUUUCUGUCAGUGCCCGGAAACGUGAUAUUCUCGCACUCCUCGAGUUCACGAAACGAAGGGAGUGGAUCACAGCGAGCGCGGAGCGCGAGUGCGCGCGCGUGGAGCACAGAAAAAUCAACCAUCAGUAAAAUAAUACAAUUUUGAAGAUAACUCGUCAGAACUUCCAUUUGUUUCUUUCUCUAUAAUUCGUUGUGUUACUUUUUAAAUUUCCCCCACGUGUUAUCAAAAUAUCAAGCACAACCAAAGAUUAUCGAUCAAUUUUAUUUUAUUAUUGACUGCAAAUAUAGUCUUUCGAAAGCAUAUCAAGUGAUAUACAAAGAACUAACAAACUGGAGCAGACUAUGAAACACCAAAGUUAUCACCUGCUUGGGUAAAAAGCAAUACUUAUCAAUUAUUGGCAGUUUUAUUGCAUACACAAUUCAGUGACUAACCAAAACGUUGAAUGUAUUGUAGUAUUCACCCUGUAUACCUUGCGGGAUUUCAUUGUCAAGUGCUCAGUUUUAGCCACAGACCCAAAUGUGAUAUCCCCGAGCCCUGCUACCUUCAAUCUUAGACAAAACGUGUUGCGAAAAACUCUAUAACACUCUUAAAUCUCUCAAGCAUGCCUUAUUUCCUACUUCCCUCAUCCAAUGUUGUAAAAAGAAGUGCGAUACAGAGUGUAGACCACAUCAGAGGUUAGACCUGAUGGGGUAGGAUAAGUUACUUUACUAUGUUACCAGAGAAAACAUUGCACUUAUUGACGUCUAACCAGUGCCAGAUCCACACCUUGCGAUAGGGAGGGGGGGGUCAUCCAGACCUUUAGAUAAGGGGGGAAGGGGCGGUCUCAAAAAAAAUUUGGCCCUUCAGGGAAAUGGCAAGGCUGUGCUCUAAGCAGAAUUGAACUAAAGGAAAUCUGGGGUGCUCAGCUCUUACUUGUCAGCUUUCAUAAAACAAAGUUAUCAAGUUGCCCAAAGGAAAACCUGGGUGACUAAGGCACCAGGAUACCAGACCACAGCCAUGCACACAAAUCAGAGAGGAGCACCAUGGUAAUUUUUUCAGUGUAUGCUUGACAAACAGUGGUCCAAUAAUUUUUUAGUAUAAGGUUAAUUUAUAUUAAUUUAUAUACUGUAAUUGUCUUUCUCAUACUGCUUCAGAAGCUUCCUUGCCUGUUGUGUGAUGAACUUUCACCAAGAGUGUUGCCUGGACAGUCUCAUUUUCUUCUAAGUUUUUCUUUUUUUUUGUGACAGAAUACGCCUUUACAAAUCUGGCAGCAGGGGUAGCAUCUUGAAGAAGGUGGCCAAAAACGUGCCAGAUGCAACACAAUUGUUGCACAAGUUUAAAGGAGGCACGUCUAAAAGGGUCUACCUCAUUCUGAAGAAUGAUGAUGAGAAUGGAGGUACUGACAUUUAAAUGUUAACACAAUUUUCAUUUACUCACAGACAUUCAAAACUCAUUCUUUUCCUUUCAGUUCUAUAUCUUUCUGUAUGCAAAUAAUUCUUUGUCUGAAUUAAAGUGUUGAGACUUCUACCUGAGGCCAACCUUUUCAAACAGCAGAGUCACUCAAUAACAGCUUACACCUGUAGUUGAAGUUUACAUACCAGAGACAAGUACCUCCCAUUGCCAGUUCCAGUCACAGUAUGCAGAGUUGUAAUGUUUUGCUUUCAUUUUCAGAGAGGUCCAACUCUGGAAAUGAUAUAGGAUCUGCAUCUGCCACACAAGGAAGGACAAACGCAGUUGUACCUAGAGAUGCAGGCAAGUAUAAACAUGUAGCAAAGAAAUCUGCCUCCACUUGCAUUCCCAAGUUAUCACUAAAAAAAGGAACAAAAAAAAACACAGCAAAAGAAAAACAAACACACUGAUUUUAUAUUCAAUGGAGGGCAUUAAAAAUUAUACAGAAACGACCCAUCUGUAUUGCAAAGGUAAAAUAAGCAUCUGAUAGACAACCUCUUCGCUAAAAUCACAGCAUUUACACAUACUCCGGUAGGACCCCUAUUCGAAAAGAACUUGGCAGUUGUAAAUACACGACAGGUUGUUUCGGUUUAUUUGAAAAGGCAAAUGGAAUUAGGAUUCAAAACAGGCUCUAACAUACAUUUUCAAUUUGUAGUGCAUUCUUUCUUUCCGAUAAUUCUGAAAGUGAUUGUUUUACAUAGGGAUCGUCAAGAUCUUCCACAGCUAGCAAUUAAGUAUAUUAUGUCUUUGUUGUUACCUGGGUUGCAGUAGUCAAUAAUUUAAGAAUGAAACAAUAAACUGAGACCUUGUUAUCAAAACCAAAAGACAGCCGAUUCUUAAGUUCUAAUUAAAAAGCUAUCUCCCUUAUCUUUUUUCCCCCCUUAGAGUGACUUUAUAGAUGUUACUCUAAUGCCAGACGAUUUUACUUGUGAAAUGGAGACCCCUUAGGAGCCAAAGGGUUAAAGUGCCUUGCAAAUAGGACAAAGGGUAUUUUUCAGGCAUAAUUUAAUCAAAAGAUGAACAUUAAUUUUUCCAGCUGAAACAAGACAAUACUUAACUGCCCUAAGUCAGUCCGCCAGUACACAGCAGAUGGACAAUGGUAAGUUUGAAUAGGAAACAUGCCAGAGUAUAAUGUAAAUUAGCCUCAAAACUACGAUUGUGAAAGGUUAAAAACAGUUAUAAAGCCAAAUGACCUUCCCAAAAAUUAAUAGUUCUGACAAAAGUAACCCAAAAUUGCAUAUUUUCGAUUGUAUAUUUACAAAAUGUGCCAUUAUGCUGUUUUAGAUAGGCUCUAAAAAAUUAAUGCAGAAGCCACAAACGAAAGAACUACCCCCGGUAGCAUACAUGUAAGCCAGCACGACACCUGGAAUUCUUAAACAAUACUGAGCCACAUGAUUCCUCCUGGAAUACAUUCACCCAUGCUUGUUUACAUUGCUUCUCAUGACUUUGAACCAGUACAUUAGUAUGUUGUUUCAGUCAAUAAGAAAAGAUAAGCUUAGAAAUAAUUAAUAAUGAACAAGUGAAAAAAAAAAAAAUGGUCAAGUUCUUUCUCUGCUUAGCCAUCCAACCUAAAUUUUCACUCUAUGUUUGGAAGUAUCCACGUAAUAUCUGCUCGUGAUAUGUCAAUGCAUAUUUCCACAGAUGCUAAUUUACUACAGAGUCCAUUUGGGGAAGUGAUAGAUGUGGACCUUUAUCAAGGUAAGACUGUCAAAAUUGGCUCCACAUUCCCAUGUCACUCAAAACUACAAUUUACAUACAAGUCAUGUGACAAUCUCAGGUUGCCUAAGAACCUUCUUUUUCCUGUAAUAACAUUCUGAAUAGUCUGUUAAAUAUGAAGAAAGUGCCCUAACUUUCAUAUAAAAUCAUUUCUAAUGCCCAGGGAAGAUGAUGCCAUAAUUUGUAAUGACAAAAUGUUGAUAUCUCAUGGUCACUUUGAGAGUAAUGUCAAUGUAUGUUUCAACAGAUGUUGAUUUAUCUCGGAGUUUGCAUACAGAGGUGAUAGAUUUGGACCAGAGUCAUGGUAGGAACUUUGUUCUAAUUAGUCCCUGCAAUACAACCUUAAGCUUAACCAUUUACCGUAUCAUCUGUGACAUCAUUGACAAGUAAAUUAAUCUUGUCUGAUUGGUGAAAGUGCAGGGGUUGGGACGUGAGUUUUGCCACAGUAUUGUAGUCUCAACACCCCAAGUUCUAUGAUCAUGUAAUAAAUGAAGAAGGAACUUUGUUGUAAAGGACAAUAUACUGUUAGAGACAAAAGUCUUUUAUUUUCCCCUGGAUACUUGACAGAGUGUCACAUUCUCUUAUCUAAAAGAUCACGCUGUUUUACAGGGGUUGAAAAAACAUACGCAACUGGGUGAAUGUGAGCCUGUAAAUAAAGGUUUCCUCUUUUUCAGAUGAAUAUAAAUUUGUCCAUACCCCCCCCCCUUCAAAAAAAAAAAAAAAGGCAAAAGAAAAAGAAAAUAAUGGAAUAGACUUUAAAAAUUGGGCUUACUACUACUUCUUAAGAAGGCAUGGAUAUUACUUUUUAAUAAUCUAAAAAAUGACAUGAUCUGCAUUUAUAUAAGUGUCAUUCAUUACUCAGUUUGGCAAGGAUAUCCUUCAUCUGCAACAGAAACUUCAGCUCAUCCAGUUAUUCCAAAGGUACAUAGUAGUAGAGUUGGGUGCUAAUAACUGUUCACGAAGUGGAGUUUGCUAGUGGUGGAUAUUAAUUUUUGUCGAGCCACAGGCGACAAAGGUAAAUAUCCACCGCUUGUCGCAACACUUAGGUGAAUAGUUGUUUUAUUAGAAAAUAAAAAAGUGUGAUGAUGUACAUGUAACACCAAACUGAUUAUUUUUAACUCAGUUAUUCCAGUCAACAAUUACCAAAUGUAUUCACUUAUAAGGUGCACGUGAUUAUAAGACGCACCCUAAACUUUUGAAGACAAUUGUGACAAGUAAGCAAAAUGAAAUUUUCACCUAAAUACCCUGUUAUAAGGCGCACCCAGAAUUACGUGAAAUUUUGUUGACCAAGUUCGCAGUACUUACAAGAAUUUGCUUCCAAAAGGUACUAAUUACUGUGCUUUCAUUCUCCAAACAAAAGUGAAAAAGUCACACAUUACAAACAAUAGUUAUAAGAUACACCCCGAGUUUUGAGCAGUUUUUGAUCAAACAAGCAUUAAGUGAAUAAAUACAGGUAUUAUUAUUAUUUUUGGGGGGCUUGCAUUUUUUGGUAGGUGAAUAGCCCUUUAUAUACCAUGUUCUGGUAGCCACACACCCUACCCUGUUUGAGAAGAUGCAAAUGUAGGAUACUGAGUUAACUACAGUUGUGAAGAAAAAAAGAGAAUUACACAUUACAUUAACCUAUAGCAGCAGUGUGCUCCUUUUACCCUCCCAUAGGAGGAUCAUUUUGAUUUGCUGUUGCACUCCACUAUUUAAUAUGCCGAGUUAACAUUUCAAAAUCCCACAUUUUUAAGCAAAAGUAAAUCUACACACUCCAUGCCAUAUCACUGCCUCUCAAAUGAAUUGUUCUUUGUGCAAGGGUCCAUGCUUGUUACUUUUUUUUAGGUAUUCUUGGCACACCCCUUCUACAGUGAAGGCACCAAAGGUAACGUCAUGUAUGGUCUUUAAAAAUUGUCAUUCAUGACCUUUUUCAUAUUAUGUGGAUGCUCUUGUUGAAAUACAGUUUCAUUGUUACUGAAAUUCUGAAAUGCUACAGUCUCUUGUUGGUUUUAAAAUGCCUCCUCGCUAAUAGGUCAAGGCAGAAGCUUAUCACCUUUUCAAGGUGACAAAAAAGCUUCUGGUUAGUCUGUAAGCUUCAAUUAUCAGACUCGUGCCAAUUAAAGGGCAAAGGUGUGUUUUGGCAGUGUCAGCCAAAGUAAUGUAUCUGCUACGUGAAGCUUCGUGAAACAAAUAUUCAUGACUGACAUGAACAAUAAUUGUGCUGAUUACUGAUUAUUGUCAACUUCUUGUCCUCAAAAGGUACUCCAAAAGCAUUAGUGAUGGUUAAUCGAUUCAAUUUUUUUAUUACUACAGCUAAACUAAUGUUUUUUCUUCUUUUCUUUUGAAUUGCAACUUAAAAACAGUUGGGACAGUCAAAGAAGACCUGUCGCCCCAAGGGUUGGGAGGUAAGAGAAACUUUUAAUCACCCAUAGUUCGUUGAAACCAUACAAAGCUAUUGAGUGAAAGUUUAUACUAUGGAUGUAAGGCCUUUAUGGAGGAAAAAUUAUGAUUGGAAUUUGCUUUCGUUUUUUACCCUGAAGACAGUUCCAACUUACCUUCGAGAACGAAUGAAGUGAUUCGUUUGGAAAAACGACUUCUGGCUGCCUGCAAGGGAGACGACACAUUCUUGCCGUGUUUUCUGGUGGACUCUUUCCACGAGGUAAAGUUAUGUACCUUUUUUCGGUCACACGCGCAAAGGUAGAUGGUAUUUGAAGCAAAGAAUACAGGGGACUGGUUACUCAAGUGCUCCCACCACCCAACCCCCCCACCCCCGUAUUCUUCAGAACGUGCAGCAGUCAGGCUAGUAUUAAGCUAGUAUUAACAAUAACUACACUCACGACCUGCUCAGUAUUACUAGUGUAGUGAUAGAAUGUUUGCCUUUAAAUCCCGCAAAGAGCUAUUCGUUAUUGGGCCAAAACAAGUAGACUUAAGCGUUUAACGAAACAAAUAAAAAAGACUUAAUCUAGACGAAGGAAAUAACAAAAAAUACACCAAAACCGAUGCACUUUGGUUGAUGGGGUAAAGUUACUAAUAAACAUAAACUAGUUUAUUUCAAAAAAUCAGCAGUGAUUUUUUAACGUUGUGUAUUGUUCUUUAGCUUUGCUGGCAGGCACGCCAAAUGAAUAAGGCGAUGGGGGUAAUCUUGUUAAACCCUAAAAAGGAAGACAUGGCCAUCAGAGAAGGCAUUGUAAGGUAGGCAGGUGCAACACAUGAGAAUGCGAAAAUGUGCAGUUGUUGCUGCUAAACGUUUUUGGAUAUACUGUUCUUUUAUUGAGGAAGCUAGUAGCACUGGUUUGAGCAUCUCAAGUACGCAGAUUGAUUAUUAGGGCUACUAAUCGGAACGUUUAAGUUACACACAUGUGUCCAGUUAUGUAUAAUUAUUGAUUGUUUAUUAAAAUCAAACCUAAACUUGCAAAAUUAUGCUUAUGAAUGGGCAAAGUGGACAUAAUUUUAGCGUCAGUGACAUUUAAUUGAUCAUUUUCAGGGCUCUUAGAUGGCUGAAUAGCAAGAACCAGCAGUGGUUGUUCUGGAUUGCUGAGACUACGUCAGUUAAUGGUAGAAUAGGUAAAUGUUAAUUUCACGCUAUCAUACACAUUGACGUAAAUCAGCUUACACACUUCUAGCAACGCUAAAAGGUACUUAGACACACGUUAUAACUAUAAUCAAUAAUUGCAUGAUUUCUGUCUCUUGAAGUUUGCAGCAUGUUUAGUGUGCGAGACACCACAAACUCCAUGCUGUUUCUUCUGCCAUCGACGACAUGGAAGUCAACGUUGGUGAAGCAACUUCAUGGUAGGUUUUGACAAUAUAUUUAAGUUUCCUUCGAUAUCGUUCUCUUGUUAUAAAAAAAGAAUGCAUUGCUUACAGACCUCAAAUCAAGCAUACAAGCCAAUACGCGUAACCUCGUAUCUUCUUCAAGGUCGAAUUAUAAAAAGUCACACACAAGGAACUUUUGCCACAAAGUUUCUCCGUUCUUGAUAACCAGCCUCUUGGAAAUUCAAAUGGAACAAAAAUUUCAGCUACUAUAGCAUAACCUAACUUUUUUUUUUUUUUUUUUUAAUAAGGAAAACAUAUUUUUAUUUCGUAAUCUGCUUGUGUUAUAACAGAUAACAACCUUACGGAAUUAGACACAUCCAUGACACGUUGUCCGAGGUCCUGGAAAAGACUUGCGACGCCCUCAAAGUGCUGUCGUCGCAAAGGUACAUGUAGAAUCGACCAUUAUCUUCCAGUUUAUGAGUGCUGAUCGAUGCACCAAUUUUGUAAGUGUUUUUAGUAGUCUCAAACACUUUGAUAAUCGAAGCAAUCUGUGUAAUUGUAAGCAUGUAUUUGCGAUUCUAAGUUUUAAGUAUGUAGCCAGCUGAAGACAAUUCAUAGCUUAUACUUUCAUUAGUUAUUAGUAGGUGAAACGUAGGCGAAGAACUAAUACUAAUUACUUAUUUUUACUACUUAUUAUUAUCAAUAUUAUUAUUAUGUGGAACGCUGUCCCACGAGGCCUUAACAGUGUACAUGUACAUACAUGCAGAUAUAUAUAAGCAAUUUUUUUAAAAUUUUUAAAUUGCAUGUGUUGAUGGGGCUCGAUAGGCAGAUGUACAACUGUUAAGUAAUCUACUAGCCUUGACUUCAAUUUCGCAGAGAACAACUCGACAAGUUCCGGGCGGAGAGGGAAGAGCAAGACGACAACUUUCGUCGAGCGCAAUUGGAUAAGGCACAACAGGAAGAAAGUGAGCCAAGAAAGGCUGAACGACAGGUAAACACUACUUGCAUCAUCAGGUAGAAGCCUAUUCUCUAUGCCUGUUUGCCGUAUGUGGCUAGAUCAAAACAACAUAUUAGUGGCUUUAAGCGAAAGCAACAGUGGCUUCCAUUAUUGUUGCCACCCUUACGUACUACAUUGAAUAUAACGUCUUCAUAAACAUUAAAGCUUAGCUGCAACGACUUUGCAGGAUAAUGAAAAAAGGCAAGGAAAGCCCGCCUGUCCGAUGAGCCGGAGGAUGGGUUAACAAUACGAAUUCGUGCCUCGACGGGGACCUUCUCGAGGAAAUUUAAAAGAGGCGCUCAUUUUCAGGUAAGGAACAGCACUACCUAAAAAGAGUUAAUCGUUUCAAAUAAUAUCUAAGUUAUCUGCGUAUUUUUUGAAUUACCUGGUACAAACUUAGAGGCAAAGUUAAGUAAUUAGCCCCAUGACUCUUGUUUUGACUUGCUCCGAACUCGCUAAAAAAGAAACCAUAACCAUUACUCUAAAUUUUUACGGAACGCAUUACUAACUCAGUGCAAUGCAACAAAACUCAAAACAUGCGUUGUGUACAAACAAGUACGUUCAAGGUUAAUGAGAAGUAGAACCGUAAAUAACUGAAAUUUUUACCACGUUCUUAUGUUAUUCUUCUCAAUGCGACAGGAAGUCUACGAUUGGGCAGGAACAAAGGAAACUUUGCCCCACUACUUUACACUACAAAGAGGUCACCAUGUUGUUUCCCACCAGGAAACGAUCAGCCACAACGAAACGCUGAAUGUUACUGAAAGAGUAGGUAGAAAGUAUAAAACGAACUGAUACCCGAUAGUAACUUCUAUGAAAAAAAAUUUGAAACCUUGUUUAACUAAACACCUUUAAAACGUGUUUAAACCUCGCUGUGAAUGCAGCAUUAGCCUUUAAGUUGCUUACAUUUUGUAAUACACCACCCUGAGUACAAUCUUAGAUAUUUUCAAUGGGUAAAAUUGCAAGGAGAUCAGAUUUCCUCAUGGAGUGGAUAGUCUAAAUGGACUUCUGUCUUACUUCUUAGCACCCACCCCCUACGCUCAUAGUGGCGAAAUGUUACUAGUAGUAAUUAACAUUUUUCUAUUAUUCGUACAGGAGGAGACAGAAAUGGAAACAUUCUUCGACUCUAAGGUUAGGAAAUCAACGUAAUUGGCACUCAUUUAUUUGAUCUUAAUAGUUUAAACCCUUUUCUACACUCGGGGAAAGAACUUUCUGAUUGAACCAGGGUAAUUGGAAACACGCUCUCAUGAAAAUACCCUUGGUCGUAAGACUUCCUAAUCGAGCCAGGACACUUGGGACCAGGUUCUUAGGAAGGUACCCUUGGUCGAACGACUUCCUAAUCGAGCCAGGACACUUGGGACCAGGUUCUUAGGAAGGUACCCUUGGUCGAACGACUUCCUAAUCGAGCCAGGACACUUGGGACCAGGCUCUCCGUGAGCCCGGACACUUGGGACCAGGUUCUUAGGAAAGUAAACUCGGUCGUAAGACUUCCUGAUCGAGCCAGGACACUUGGGACCAGGCUCUUCGUGAGCCCGGACACUUGGGACCAGGUUCUUAGGAACGUACCCUCAGUAGAUAGAGUCCCUAAUCGAGCCAGGACACUUGGGACCGGGCUUUUCGUGAGCCCGGACACUUGGGACCAGGUUCUUAGGAUUCUAUCUCAGUUUUCUCUUUAGCGUGUUGGGGUGGUAAAAUUACAUAUUUUAUAACUUCCUACUGGAUCGCUCGGAACCAGGCUCUUAGGAAUCUAUCAACAAUAAAACGAAAGGCGUUAACGAGGCAGUGAAUAUGUCCUUGCUUUUAAGCGUGGUCGCUUGGGACCAGGUUCUUUGUUUGCCAACUCAUCUUUGGUCGAAAAACUUCCUAAUCGAGCCAGGACACUUGGGACCAGGCUCUCCGUGAGCCAGGACACUUGGGACCAGGUUCUUAGGAAGGUACCCUUGGUCGAACGACUUCCUAAUCGAGCCAGGACACUUGGGACCAGGCUCUCCGUGAGCCCGGACACUUGGGACCAGGUUCUUAGGAAGGUAAACUCGGUCGAACGACUUCCUAAUCGAGCCAGGACACUUGGGACCAGGCUCUCCGUGAGCCUGGACACUUGGGACCAGGUUCUUAGGAAGGUAAACUCGGUCGAAAGACUUCCUAAUCGAGCCAGGACACUUGGGACCAGGCUCUUCGUGAGCCCGGACACUUGGGACCAGGUUCUUAGGAAUGUACCCUCUGUAGAUAGACUUCCUAAUCGAGCCUGGAAACGUGGGACCAGGCUGAUAAAAUUUCACGUUUUCGGUGGACAUGAGAAUGGUAUUAGAAAGCAUUUGAUUACUUUUUCUGGAUCGCUUGAGAUCAGACAAUAUGUAAGGCAACUUACCCCCCAAACCCCCCCCCACACCCCCCGUCCCCCCCUUCCUCGCCCCGAUCGAUGAACGUAAACCAGGACACUCGGGAACAGGCUCUUAAGAACUUACCCUCGCUCGAUAGACUCCCUAAUCUAACCAGAACACCUGAAACCAGGCUCUUCAUGAACGGGGACGUUUGAGACCAGAUUAUUAGAAUUCUACCAUUGUUUAAUGAUUAGGAAAAUUAGGAGUAGCAAGAAGACAUAUACAUAGAAAGGUAAUUUAAACGCGCAUUAAUUUUGAUAUAAAAUCACUGAACUCGGUUCUUAUAAUAUAAACAUAACCACAGUGUAUUUGUUCAUUUCUUGAACACUUACUUGGGUAAACUGAAAGGGGGGUAUUCUACCCAUAAAUGUCAAACAGCCAUCCAACGUUUAAAGGGCCCGGGAUGACUGUUUGACAUUUAUGGGUAGAAUACUUCCCUUGGAUUUCCUUUUGACAGGUUUCCUUCAAAGGGAAUUACAACUACCAAGAAGACGCAUUGUCAAAAACCCUGGAAGGUAAGAACUUUUCAUUUUAAAAUUCUCAACGUUCUUGGUACCAAAAAAAGGCUGCGAUUUUCACUUUGUAACGCCAUCAGUAGCCAAGUCUUAAAUAUCUUUCCCACAAGUCUUUGUUCUAUAGAUUAUUUUUUGGCUCAUUUUUGUGCCCCGUCGGCCAUUAUGUAAAGCUAAAUACCGUUAAGCAUUGACAGGGGGGUCUUUAUGUGUUUGGGAAAGAUAUUGUACGAUAACUCUGGGCUGGUUGGAGUUUAGUAACGCAGGUUUUAUUGUCAUUGCAGAUGCCGAAAUGGAUGCCAAAGAAGAUGGAGAAGAUAAGAACGAAGAAGAUAAAAAGAACGAUGGAAAUAAAGACGUGCCCGCCACGUCUUUAGAAAGGAAAAAAAGGAAAAGAAAGAACACCAGAACAACAGCACAAAGACAGAAGAAAAAGAAAGAGAAGGAAGGAAACAGCAAAACCGACAACUGAAUUUAAUCAUCACUGGGCCUUUCAAUAACAUGCGAUUUCUGAGGUUAAAGGGGUUUGAUGCUAACUCAACAAAAAAAUACCAAAAACCUUAUUACAGGUUGCUCAUUUUGAUACAAUUCAUUAGAUGUCCACCUCACAUUUAUCAGGAACAUUUUGUGCAUAAGUAAAACCGCUAAGUAACGGCGUUAGCGAAGAAUUGACCCAGAACAACAAAAUUGUCGUGGCAUAGCCCGUUUAAGAACCAGAUUUGCGAUUUCUUUUCAUGCUGCCGUCAGUCGCAACUCAGGGACAUGAGUUUUCUUUCAUCCUCACCUCUGAAAUAUAGCAGAUGUUCCCAAAAGAUCCACAGCAUGACUGAUGGCGUAUUUUGAAUGAUGCAUCUCUUUGUCCACAGUCGGCAUGUUAUUGAAAGAGUAAUGAAUUCGAUGUAUUUUCCUUAGGAUAACAAAGAUAGAUUGUGGUUUUGUUUGUAGAUAUAAUGGUAAAUGUACUUUCCAUAACAAUUACUGAAUAUUAUCUGGACGAAAGAUUCUCCUACAAUCUGCGACACAAUAGCCCAACGCAUGCCAUUAAGAUCACAACAUUUCUGACUAGUUUUAGCCUCGAUUCCCUCACUUUGACCCACCCUUCUCGAUAAACGAGUCCAAGAGAGGAUAAUGAGACAGCGAGGGAGUCUCAGGGAAUUCUCUGGGAUAUGUAAAUUUCACUAAAGUUAUUUGUGGACACCGG